CUUCAGUCAAGUUGCUAGUCAGAUCAAGCAUGGAAUAUAAAAAUUUUUUUCUUUUUUUUUUUUCUUUCUUACUAUGAUUCACUGGUAUUCGGGUGUUAUAGGAGAUGGAUAUAAGUUCUCUGGCUUUAAAUCCGCGGUUCUCUAUCACUGUGGGUGUGUGAAGUAUGUGCGGUUCUGCAAUAUUGUUAGUACUCAACUGCUUGUACGGCGGACAAAAUUGUUAUUUUGGACUUUUGCUGUUCCUUUACCUCCCAGCAGAAACUAGGCUUGCGCAGUCACCAAGUGGUGGGUUUGGAAAUGUCGGCAACCUUGGACAGCCGUGAUGACCCACAAUCUCGGGUAUCUAAACAAUGCCCAAGUGUCUUCACAAUAGCCGACUAGGGAAAGGCUAUUAUUCUCAUUAGCCCAGCUCGGAUAUUGGGA